AUGAAUGCAGAAACAUUGCAAAGUUUCAACGAUUUCGAAAUCGAAGAACAACUUAGAAUCAUCAACAAACCUGCGGCUAAAAACAUCAAAAUUAUACAUGGUGACACAUACGGAUGUGUGGAUUUUUACAAACAACAAGCGUUUGACCAUUCGUCGAUGAAAAAUCUCGUUUUCCAUUAUGAGAUGCGUCGGAUAUCAUCCUUCCAAAUUUCAAGAGCGAAAAGGAUAAACAAUAAAACGUUUGGUUACUUGUGGGAAAAUGGCAUAGGGUGUCCAAGUGGUACCGUACCCAUAAAAAGAGUCACUAAAGACGAAUUCUUGAGAUUAAAUUCGUUCUCCGACAAAUAUAAGCCUCAAGGUUCUUGGAACUGCACUUAUAAUCAACUUACUGUCAAUACUGACCAACAUCACUAUGCGGUUUACCGUACCAAAGGAAAAAAGAAAAACUACAAUGGAACAAUGACAAUAACUGUACAUAAAGUUAAACCUAAACAGUUCAGUUCUUCUCGUAUGCACAUUCAGAUUGGAGAAGAUUAUAUUCAAACUGGUUGGACUGUCAAUCCAGCAUUGUAUUCUGAUAGCAAAACUCGGAAUUUUGUGUUUACAAAAGCAGGCCAGCCAUUGGAUGGGAUUAUUCCGGUUGCUUUUCCGGGUGAGGCAUGGGGGCUCAUGUGGCAGCCUACUGUUACUGGCAAAGGACAGGGACCCGCUGCUUGUGUAGUUGCUUGUAGGGCUACCCUUGAAUGA